AUGAAGUGUCUUAUUCUCGUUUCUGCUAUUUUUGUUCUCAUUUUUGCGAGAAGUGUUCCCACUUUUCCGUCUCCUACAAUAGAUGUGCUGAUCGGUCCAAACUGUCAUAUGUGUGAGGUAAUUCUGAACAAUGUCCGGUACGAAUACCACAAUAAUUUUACUGGUGUCACUCCAGAUCAACUCCGGAAAUCUCUCUACGUACAAUGUGACUUGAACUUGAACGGGUUCACAGAUGAAGAAUGUCAUCGAAUUGCUGAUAAUGAUUCGGCUGAUAUACUACAACAACUUCAGGCUGGAACGUCUUCUUAUCGCAUUUGUCAGAGGGAAUUAUUGUGUUGA